AUGCAAUCAGAUAAUGGCAAGUUAUUUAUUGGGGGAAUAUCAUGGGACACAAAUGAGGAGCGACUCAGGGAGUAUUUCAGUACUUACGGGGAGGUUGUGGAAGCAGUGAUAAUGAAGGAUCGGACAACAGGUAGAGCCAGAGGAUUUGGUUUUGUUGUUUUUUCGGACCCAGCUGCUGCAGAGAUAGUCAUAAAAGAGAAGCACAACAUUGACGGAAGGAUGGUUGAGGCGAAGAAAGCUGUUCCAAGGGAUGAUCAGAACAUACUGAGUAGAAACAGUGGCAGCAUACAUGGUUCUCCUGGGCCAGGUCGCACUAGAAAGAUAUUUGUUGGAGGUUUAGCAUCAACAGUGACGGAGAGUGAUUUCAAGAAGUACUUUGAUCAGUUUGGAACUAUAACAGAUGUUGUAGUUAUGUAUGAUCACAACACUCAGAGGCCAAGAGGUUUUGGAUUUAUCACUUAUGAUUCUGAAGAGGCGGUUGACAAGGUUUUACUAAAGACAUUUCAUGAACUAAAUGGUAAAAUGGUUGAGGUCAAGCGAGCAGUUCCUAAGGAAUUAUCGCCAGGACCAAGCCGCACCCCACUUGGUGGAUAUAACUAUGGUCUUAGUAGGGUCAACAGUUUCUUAAAUGGCUUCACUCAGGGGUAUACUCCAAGUACGGUCGGAGGCUAUGGACUUCGAGCGGACGGUAGAUUCAGUCCAGUUGCCAGUGGUCGAAGUGGAUUUGCUCCAUUUGGUUCAGGUUAUGGAAUGAGUAUGAAUUUUGAGCCUGGUUUGAAUGCCGGAUUUGGGGGAAAUGCAAAUUUCAAUAGCAAUCUUAGCUAUGGCCGGGGAGUAAAUCCUUAUUUUAUUGGCAGCUCCAAUAGGUUUGGCAGUCCUGUUGGAUUUGACAGUGGUAAUGGAGGAAACAAUUCUUUCUUCAGUUCUGUGACUCGAAAUUUGUGGGGUAAUGGUGGCCUUAGUUAUGGAACAAGUUCUGCAAAUUCCAAUGCGUACAUUGGAUCAGGGAGCGGAAGUGUGGGAGGGAAUACAUUUGGCAACACAGGAGUCAACUGGGGUGGUUCUUCAGCAAUUUCUGGGCAAGGAGGAGGGAACAACAUGACACAAAGUAGUGGCAACCUGGGAUAUGGAAGUGGUGACAAUAAUUAUGGUUUGGGGACUGGAGGGUAUGGAAGAAACACUGGUACCACUUUUGCACCAACAUCUUCGUACUCUGCAUCAAAUGGUGGUGUUGAUGGAGCUUUUGCAGACUUUUACACUAAUAGUUCAGUUUAUGGGGACCCCACUUGGCGCUCUUCAAAUUCUGAGAGAGAUGGAUCUGGUCCCUUUGGUUAUGGACUUGGUGGAGCAGCUUCUGAUGUUUCUACCAAGAGUUCUCCUGGUUAUGUUGGUGGUUAUACUGUUAAUAAGAGGCAGCCAAAUAGGGGUAAGAGUUACAAUCUUUUUGGCCAUUUUUCUCUUGUUCAUAUUUUGGAUUUUGAGUAA